ACAAGUUGCGUGUGCGGGUCUCCCUUCUUGUCCAACAUGGACUUCUUUACUUCUUCUACUUGCCUUAUAGUUCUCUUCUAACGUCCAUCGGGGAGGGAAAAGUAAGACUUUGUUCACUCGUGUUUAUCCCCCGAGGAGGGUCUUCAGUGGAGUGGAAGUGGGAGACUUCUUACUUCCACUUCGUGCAAAAACGAGAGAAAGAAAAAGUGAAAAAAAAAUUAAAAAAUUCUGGGUCUGGAAUCUGCAACUUUGGACAACUUUGGACGACUUGGGACGACUUUGGACAACUUUGGAGGAUUGCAAGUGUUCCACGGACUUUGGCAAGUUUGAUGCAGGCUGAGGUCGUCGGCGUGAGGCGAGCGGCGGGCCUGUGAGCCCCGAUGCCAGUGGACAUGCAGCCACACCAGGGCCUGUAUCAGUAUGAGACCUCACCCAGCCAGCCCUCCAGAGGCCUCCUGCCUCCAGACCAGUCCCCCUACAGCGACGUGCCGUCCUUGCGUGCACCGCUCCUCAGCUGCUCUCCCCAGGACUGCAGAGCCAUGUACAACCCAAUGACUCCCGGCAUGGGUCACGGAUCAGGACCGGGGAAGAACAUAAGUCACUGCUUGGAUCAAUACAUGAGGCCCCCCCAAGCUUCGCUUCCGCUCGGCAUGAUGGGCCACAGAAACAUAGAAGGCAAUGGCGCCCCUUACUGCAACCAGAACAACAUGAUGUCCUCUCAUCACAACUUCAACUCAGAUCACAUGAGCUCUGCGGACGGCUCCAGGUUCUCCACGCCGCGCUCCAUGUUGAAGCUGAGUAAGAAGCGAGCGCUGUCUAUCUCUCCGCUGUCUGACCCCAGCGUGGACCUGCAGACGGUCAUUAGGACGUCUCCCAACUCCCUGGUGGCCUUUGUCAACGCCCGCUGUACCCCCAAUGGUGCCAGCUCGUACGGCCAUCUGUCUGUGGGCGCCAUGAGUCCAUCACUGAGCUACUCCAGCAACAUGAACUGCCACUCCAGGCAGCAUGGCGCCCUCUACGGGGGAACUGGGUUGACGCCUCUGGGGUCACACACGUCGGCCACAUGCCAGGCGUCACGGCUACCCCCCCACAACCCACGUCUCCAUGUUGCACCCAAACACGGACAGCUGAAGACUGAGCCGGGGCUGGGGGCAGUGAUGGAUGCCAUGAAUGUGAAGAACCUGGAGGAGAGGUCUGAGGGAGAUGUAGCCAGUCCUUCUUCUACUGGUACUCAGGAUCCCCUCCUGGGUCUCCUGGAUGGUAGGGAUGACUUGGACAAGGAGGACGGCAAGCCUGAACCAGAGGCCGUCUAUGAAACCAACUGCCACUGGGAGAGCUGCAACAAGGAGUUUGACACGCAGGACCAACUCGUUCACCACAUUAACAACGAGCACAUCCACGGCGAAAAGAAGGAGUUUGUGUGCCACUGGCAGGAGUGUUCUCGCGAGCAGAGGCCCUUUAAAGCCCAGUACAUGCUGGUGGUCCACAUGCGCAGACACACAGGAGAGAAACCACACAAGUGCACUUUUGAAGGCUGCAAUAAAGCGUACUCUCGCCUGGAGAACCUGAAGACACACCUGCGCUCUCACACCGGAGAGAAACCAUACGUGUGUGAACAUGAGGGCUGCAACAAAGCCUUUUCCAACGCCUCGGACCGGGCAAAGCACCAGAACCGAACCCAUUCCAAUGAGAAACCAUACGUCUGCAAGAUCCCCGGUUGCACCAAGCGCUACACAGACCCGAGCUCGCUGCGUAAGCAUGUGAAGACGGUGCACGGACCUGAAGCCCACAUCACCAAGAAGCACAGAGGCGACACGGGCCCCCGGCUGCCGGGCUCAGCCAUGACUCCCGGGGGUCCCAGUACUGAAUUACUGCUGGAGAAGGAGGAGAAACGCCGGGAGGACUGCAAACUUAUGGCCCCUGAUCAUGCUCUGAAAUCCCAGCCAAGUCCUGGCGGUCAGUCGUCCUGCAGCAGCGAGCGCUCCCCACUGGGCAGCACCAAUAACAACGACAGUGGGGUGGAGAUGAACCUGAACGCGGCAGGCAGCUUAGAAGAUCUCACAGCCCUCGAGGACGGAGUGACGGCCGGGGGAAGUGGAGGGGACGGGCUGGGAAGCGCAGGAGGAACAAUGGGGAUGUCUGCUCAGGCCUUGAAGAGGCUGGAGAACCUGAAGAUUGACAAACUGAAGCAAAUCCGCAGGCCGAAUCCUCCCAACCGAUGUCUCCCGAACAAGCUGCCUGGGCUACCUUGUGAUACGAUGGGAAUGUGUGCGCCUUCUCCGCUUCUAUCAAAUCGCCGCGUUAUGGAGCUGUCCAACCACGACGUAGGAGGUGGGACUGCAAUCAGCGGCAAAGCAAACGACAGAAGAGGAAGUGGGACUAGCAGCCUGAGCUCCGCCUACACGGUCAGCCGUCGUUCCUCUAUGGUGUCGCCUUACUUGUCCAGCCGGCGGUCCAGUGACGUCUCCCAGAUGGGCGGAGCAGCCAGUGGAGGGUGCCACCUACUGGAUCAGAGUGGGGGUGGUCCCCUCUCUCCUGAGACCAGUCGUAGAGGAGCUCCAUGUCAAGCAGGUGGAGGAGGAGCCCUGCCAGGUCUAUCAAAUCUAACACCAGCCCAGCAGUACAGUCUAAAGGCCAAGUAUGCUGCAGCGACUGGUGGUCCACCACCCACUCCCUUACCCGGCAUGGAGCAGCCUUGUACUCCAGGCAGAAGAGGGGGUAUCUUGGGUGACUACCAGGGUCAACCUCUGCCUCCUUUCCUUCAGCAAGGAGGUCCACGUCGACAUAGUGCCAACACGGAGUAUGGCACAGGUGUUAUCUACCCUCACCAAGCUCCGGGCAUCAACAACCGGAGAGCCAGCGAUCCGGUGCGAUCAGCAGCAGAUCCACAAGCCCCCCCAAAGCGUUUCAACAGCCUCAAUAAUGUAUCCAUGAUGGGCCGAAGAAACGCACUGCAGCACCAAGAUCACCGCACCGCCAGCGUCUCCCGACACAUUUAUUCACCUCGACCACCAAGCAUUACAGAGAAUGUAAUGAUGGAGGCCAUAGGUAUGGAGUCUCAGUUACCCCCUUUAGACGCCAGAAACCGGUCCACCAUAAUCCCAACCGGCGAUGGGGGCUUCAUGGGAUACCAGCAGCAGCAGACUCUUGGAGGAUGCGUAAGACCUCUUUCAAACCAGCUUUCUAUAAGCCAUGACCCCCUGGGCUGCCCAGACCAAAAUUACAUGAAGGGGCACUACCAGAACCAUGCAGGGGAAGUUCCUCCCAGGGCUGGUGGGAAUCCAAUGGGUCAAGCAAGACCUGUUCACCCAGAGAGGAUGUCUAAUACGCUUCUUCAGCAGGCUGAGUAUAGCAUGAGCAACUGCCAGCUAAGCCCUUCAGGACCCCAUUACCCGCCCUUGGGACAGGGGGUUGAAACAGGCCAGUGGUGUGAUGGCCACAACCAGGUCCAAAGUUCAAUCCAGCAGUACUCAGACACAAAUAUGCAGCCUCAGCAAGUCCACUUGAACAAUCAGACGGGUCUUUAUAACAAUCCAGAAGGGACCCAUAAACUCACAAUCAAGCCUGAGCAACAGUUCCACCCUGGCAUGGGGAGCGGGGAUGCAUGUCAGAGUGCUAAACUGCAACAGCAGAGGCUCCUUCUCCAGCAAGGUUACUCGCAACAGACCAGCCAGGCUGUGAUGAGAAACCCCAACAAUAUUAGCUGUGACUUUCAAGGACAGAACCAGAACACUUUUUCAAGUUUGGGUUGCGCUGGCACUGCUCUUGCUGAUGGGCAGCGAUCAGAAACUCCCAUGAUGCAGGUCAAGGAAAUGAUGGUAAGGAACUAUGUGGAGUCCCAGCAAGCGCUUAUGUGGGAGCAACAAGAACAGCAGCAAAGUGGAAUAAAAGCCCCUCCCCUAUCUGAUACCUUGGACAUGACCGGCCAGGCAUCGAUGAUGCAACACAGUCCACAGCAACAAAACCAGAAUCUUUACUCCAAUCUGCCAUAUGCUUCCUACCCCAACCAGAGCCUGGUCAUGAGCCCACCAGCCCCCAGUCGAGGUCAUAGCUCAUCCACACCAAAAGAGCAACAGAUGAUGGGGCUCCAAGGCUCUUGCUAUGGUCAGGAAGUGGUGGUCCCAAGGCCCCCUCAAGGUCGAAAACCCCUCAGUCGCCAGAAUAGCAUGUCACAAGUAGGAAUGGGCUACAUGGUAAGUCCACAGCAGCUUAGUCCUGUCCACACCACUUCCAGCCCCAGAAAAGUUGUCCGGCUGCCUCCAGUCCAGCAACCACAACAUGAAAUAUUGUCCCCUUCCAAUAACAACAUUUAUUACUCCGGCCACAUCCAUAUGAAUACCCAGAAUGGACCUUGUCUUCCCCAGCAACACAACAUGGGCUCCCCCCUCGACCCACCGACUGGCACAAAGUCCGCUCCCUUGGCUCCCUAUUCAGAGUCCGGCCCCAUUGCUAACGCUUUAGAAAACCUGGACCUGGACAACGCUCGUAUAGAUUUUACCUCCAUCGUUGAUGACGCCGAGUCCUCUUCGUUCGGCUCGCUCAACCACCCUAAUCAGGGUCAGCCGGGAUCUUCCUCCCAGGCGUCAUCGCGCCUCACCACUCCGCAGACCUCCAUCAACCUGUCCAACAUGGCAGUGGGCGACAUGACAUCCAUGCUGACCUCGCUGGCUGGGGAGAAUAAGUACUUGAACACUUUGUCGUAAGCCAACAAUCAAAAAUCUAAAAAAAACAAACUAGUCCUUUGUACAUUGCAUGCCGGUCCGGUUCAAUUCACGUUCAUGGAUUAUAAAUUGAAACAUCAAGCUCAGGCAUCAGGGUUAGAUACAUUCCUGGUGAGGUAUUCUAACCGGGAGGAUGUGUGGUAGACCAAGGACACGCUGGAGGAAUUUUGUUCCUCUGUCCCCAAUUGGAGCUGAAGGAAGGAAGGAAAGUCUAAGCACCCUUACUGAGACUGCUGCCCCAAAAACGAGGACCUGGACAAUGGGCGGAAAAAAUGGAUGGACGAAUUAUUAGUCAGGGAGCCUUUAUAACUUAGCCUUAGGAACUCAUGCUUCUUGUUAGGGUGAGGAAGUGAUGGAAGAUUCCAGCGCGA